AUGGAUGCUACUUACAGUAUAUGCAACGUCCUUCACUCUAGUAUAUGUGGAAGAGAGGACUGUCAUUGUAGCACACGGAAAGGGAAAAAGACAUGUCAGUCUUGUGACGUUUGGUGUGAUAGGACUGAGAGUGUGGAGUGUUACCAUGGUAACUGUAAUAGUUUGGGAUGUCAGUGUGAGCCCUGCUACACAGGGGACAGAUGCAACAUAUACACCAACCUGUAUGCUCCUGAAUAUGUUCACCGAACGUUUGUGGCUAAAGUGGAGACAUUUUCCCGCGGAGUCCUGCGUGGUGUGGCAGCCAUCGACCAAGACUCCAGUAGCUGUGCCGAGGCGGGCUACACACAGUGCUACUGUUCUAGAGUCAUUCACAGACUAAUGAACGUCUCCUCAAACAUCGGGGAAUUCAAAAUUAACCACGACACGGGAGAUCUCUCCUACGACGUAAUGACAGAAGAUGUCAUCGUAUUAAAUAUUGCAGCAUAUAAUUAUGAUGAAUUUGGAUAUCCUGACAUUCAAGAUAAGCAUAUUGGACAUGCAAAAGUGAAAAUUUACGUCACAGAUAAAGCAAUUAAAGAUUUAGAAACACAUUUAUUUAUAAUGGAAAAUGUUCCUAACAUCUACAACUGGCGAGUAGAAGAUUUUGAAGAAGAGACAGGAAUGGUGAAAAACUCGCAUCAUAGAUACAAAAGACAAGCGUCUUCUAUUCCUGGAAAUGUGACGGCAGAUAUGACGUUGACCUCUGGAGAAAUUGUCAACGUGACGCCAGACGUUUAUUUCUACAACUUCUUACCUAUAUCUCUAACAAUUUCUUUUCCCGAGGGUAGCAGUUUUUUGUCUGCAAAAAUUAACAGUGAUAAAACUGGCACAAACAGUCCAAUGUUUUUCUUCUGUGACCCGGAUGUAACAUUUGUUGGAAGUAAUUUCUUUGGUUGGAAUCCCGAUCAGUACAGCACCAUACUGACGUCAUCAGAUGAUCCACAGGUCAAAGAUAUGCUUGAAGUUGACCUCGGUAUUGUUACCAACGACGGCAGUGACACAACAAUACCUGAAGCUAAUGACAUCAUCAUCGAAUAUUUUGCUUACGUGAUGGAUCCAGCUGACACCCUGUUCGAUCAACCAAUCAAAAUUUUUGCAGAUAUAGUUUGGAAUAACUCAACAUGGAUGACACUUGAAAAGGAAUUCAUAAUCAGAAAUUUUGCUAAUGCACCCAGUGAUCCUUUGAUAACAGUAGACGGACCUUCGAGUCUGAAUCCUGGCGUCGUGGGGACCUGGACCGUAAAAACCUUUGUUCUUCAUCCACAUGCAGACUUGUCUGUAGAAAUCUUUGGUACCAUGCCUUCUUCUGUUGACCUAUGUUCAGCCUCGUAUGUAGGACAGGGUGAUGCUUACAAGUGUAACAACAUAUCACAGAUAUCAAAAACACCCAGUGGUAGUGGCAGUGGUGGAUACUUAUUCUCCUUAGGAAAGAUUUUUAACACAGACUAUAAUGUCUCUGCUGAUGCUGAAAAAUACUUCACCUUCCUUGUUUACGGAGAAAUAGCUACAUCAGCAGUGAUUGGCCAAAAUUACAGCUUCACAGUAAAUGUUGAUGUCAGCGGCAUUACUUACACAUACCAGUACAGUGUUACAGCCUCGGGUGCUGCUAUUCCACAAGCUCCAGGAACACCGAUAUUGUCCCUUUUGCCUCGAUCAUCCACAAUUUAUCAAGGUGGUAAGGAGACAAUUGAUGUUGAGUUGACAACUAUCGUGAAUCAGACGGAAGCAUAUUUAAUCACAAUCAUGAAUCCCACUCCAACCAAUGAGCUGGUUCACAUUUGCGAUGUUUCACUUGGUAGUGUUGGUAAUAAUAUCAUGUGUGGUGUCAACACAUUUAACCCCACCUACGUAAGCACAGAAAACAACAACUUAAACGAUAAAGUCAGCAUUAAUCUUGGAAUUAUAACCAAUGUGGCUUUGGAUGCUGGAGCAGUAAACAGCACCGUCAGUGUAUCUGUCACGAUCUGUUACGUCAGCACCGGUAAUUUAAAUCCUGGUGACAUCAUCACCAUUAACGGUGAACUGCAGCACGGAUCUGUUAUUGACUCGCCUCAGAGUACUGCAGUGACAGUUAUAGCAGGGACACCAACCAUAUCGGCACCCGCUAUAACACUGACGUAUGGAAAUGGAUAUUCCAACAUUCUACCAAGAGGACGUGCUGUGUAUGAUUUGUCUCUCAUUCUUUCACCGAGUACAUACUACGAGAAUAUCAACGUAUCUUUCAAUACAGGAAAUGACAUCAUUGCUAAGACUUCUAUCUGUUCUAUAUCGGUUAUUGUAACUGGUAAUGUGACUUGCAGAAAAGUUUCCCCGGCUGAAUACAUAAAUAAUGCUGCUCGUGUUGACAUGCAUGACAGUGGAUAUGUAUAUCUGGGAUCAUUGGAAAACUCCGGUAACCAUGAUGUAACAAUUACAGCUCUUGCAGUCAUUUCUUUGUUGGACACAACAGUUGUAGAUGGAGAUCCAAUUAUAACCAAUGCAUCUGUUACUUAUAACACUGAUGGAUUGUGGGAAGGCUACAUCUCUUCUACAGUUAACUCCGUCAACUCAUAUCCAAGCUCAACAAUUCAUUAUUCCCUUACUUCACCCCAACCCAUAGCUGUCUCCAAUAGAGGUGCCGCCGAGUUUGAACUUUCUGCAGAACUGCCGAUCGGAGUCAUUACCCAUCUGCAGAUUGUUGUUACAGCUGUUCAUACUGAAUUGUCCAUCUGUUCGAUCUAUAUUAAAUUCUCCGGGUUAAAUAUACCAUGUGCUUCACAUGGUGUCACAGUGACUAAUACAAAAUAUUCCUCUGGUGGUGGUAACUCGGCUGUGACUUUUAAUGUGCCUUCAGUAACUAAUUCUGGUGAAUCCCCAUCAGCUUCAGACAGCACUAUCAAGUUCGGAAUCGUUGCUUUGGUACGUGAAGGGUAUGACUUUCCUAACCUGGGAAGUUCAUAUUUUGAUUUAAACAUCGAACACAUCGAUGAAUGGACCACAGGGACAAAGGCAGCAAGCAUAUAUGUGAAUGCUAGUAACGUUUACAGUACUGCAACACCUAUUCUUCAAAUAGACUAUCCUUCCGGAGGUAACGCAAUAAAAGGAUCAACCGUAGCCGUCAAUGUCAAAGUAUACACUUCUCCGAAUUCAAACACAGACUAUAAAAUGGAUUUCACUCCGACAACUAUUGGUAAAAUGCAUGUUUGUGACGUGAAAAUAUUUUCAAGGAGAAAGCAUGUUUGCAUCGAUAACGUAGCGAGUAAAACAUUUGUAACAAGUUCAGAUAAUUCUACCUAUGAAUCGGCAUCAAUUGAUAUCGGCAACGUCAUCAACUGGGGACCUGAUGGAUCUACACAGCAGCAGGAUCCUAAUAUGUUUAUCGUUCAAGUAACAUUAGCCAUUGAAAAUGAUGCCAGUAUAAGUGUGGGGGAGUCCUUGUCCUGUAGUAUAGUCUUAAGUCACAGCGUGUCCCAGACUGUGUCCGACUCGGCCACUUUGACAGUCGUUCCCACACCAGAUAGUGUCAACACAAAUAUCGGUGUCACCAGUAACCCUCCGUCUGCUGGGGUGGUGUAUGCGUCUAUCAGCGAGUUUGUCAAGUGGGGUGUUAAACUCGAACUACCAAGAACCACUGACCGAUACACCAUGACGCUCAUAAUGCCCACUUCUGCAGGAGAGGCCCAUCUAACUGUAGUGAAUGCCAGUCAUGUAGCUUCCGAAAUAGGCAUUGGAUGUUCCCAAAAUACUACAGUAGGAACAACAUUAACUUCAGAUUUGUCAACAACACAGAUGACCCAAAUGACGGUUGAUCUUGGGGUUCUCUCUAACACUGAUGAUUUAGUGCGUGUGGUAGAAUUUGCCUUCACCUUUCAAGUAACGGAUCACAGUGGGAAUACGGAUGGAUCUGUUCAGACUUUCAAUAUCACAGUGCAAGGUGAUAACGGAGGAUUUGCCACAACUACAGGAAGUGUGACAAUACAAGUGGAUGGUACUGAGACUGCACAGCUAGAAUUCGACACCUGGACAGACCCUCUGCCUCACACACACAGAUUCUCAGGGCAUGAACUCAAAUUGUAUGGAACGCUAAAUCUGGUGAACACAUCGAAAGCGCAUGCUUCUUCUGUUGUCGUGCACUUCCUUUUGCCACCAUACACAUCGUUAGUUGCUCUCAAUGAGUGGACAGUGCUCCAACCUAGCGUGGCAGUUACAGCAACUGGUGGCGUUGAUUUGACGUAUCCCUUGAUUAAAUUUACGGACUUCCCUACCUUUUCACUGAACUUAACAAUAGAUCCAAACACGGAAUUUGAAUCUGGACGCAUGAACAUCCACACAGUCAUUCCGGCAGAAGUAUCUUACUUGUCAUUACAAAGACCAGAUCGAGCCGAUAUCGCCGAGCACAACACACUGUUGGAUAUAGUGGAGUUUGGAUUUAAUUCAGAAGUUUGUAAUAAGAUCAUUGGGACGGAUACGACUGCCAUCUCCGAUUCUCAGAUAUCUGCGUCAUCUGAAGAAAACUUGGCUUUCAAUCUCAAGAAGUCUUCAGGCACGGGGUGGAGGCCAAAAAAGCGAGGCAAACCUUUUUGUCAAAAUGAAUUUGUAACGGUACAUUUUAUAGAUAAAGUGAAAAUUAUUGCCUUUUCGGUCCUAUCAGCCGGAAAUGAUAAUGAUGACUACGUCACUAAUAUGACAGUCCAGUAUAGUGAUGACGGAAUUUUUUGGACCUAUGUAACCGAUAACAGUACUGAAAUAAAGUCUUUUAUCGUUGCUUUUGAUGACAGCACUAAAACUGUUAAUGACGCCUAUCGAUUUUCAUUGGAUGAUUCGGAGAUAUUUACAGCAGCUUACGUCAGAAUCAUCCCUACAUCCGGGAAACUUAGAUCAUGUGACCCCGUCAUUCGAGUUGAAUUUGAAGGAUGCAAGACGAGUACCAACAAUGUCAGCAGUACAGCUAUGAGUAGUCCCAAUUUCCCUUUGUCGGAGAGGUUUUUGCUCACAGACACAAUAGCAGGAACGAUGUUUGCUUGUAUCAAGAGUGGAAUAGAAGGAGACAACACGUGCUCACGGUCUGUUGACAACGGAACAUCGUGGGAAGAGAUGAACGACAUUGGACAAGUAUUGGGUGUAAAGAAUAGAACCACAUUGGUGGGAAUCUCUCAGGACGGAAUGGCAAAUCUUUGUAGUGACGACAAGGGAGUCACGUGGGUAAGCUGUCAGGGAGUGGACGUCACAGAAAUUACGUCGGAUUCGACUUAUACCCCUGGAAUACCACAGCCGUUUGAUGAUUUCAGUGCUGUAACAGAUGACACAAUGUAUUUUACCUAUGGCUUCAGCCACCAAGACUUUGAUGUUACAGGUACAAUGAGUGGGGUCAAGGUCAGACAUUUGGGAGGUUCCUGGUCUUCAGUGGCCUGGUGGGGAUCCUCAGAUUGGUCGUUAAUUUAAUACAUGGAUUUCAUAUUACCUUAAUUCGAGAUUGGAAGCAGUGGAAGUCUAAUGCAAACACUACUCCGUUGUUGACUUGUUCUUUGUUUCCAAUCCAUGUCCAUCCACACAUCGUCCUGCGAUCUGUCUAGCAUCUUUCAAGUUUUUCAAGCCUGCAGUUUGUAAAGUUUACUAUCUGUGCAAUUUUAUAUCAUUUUGUAUCAUUUAAUUUUCCUUAUUCAUAGUUGGUCCUAUAGUCUGCCUCAAAAUAGCUUUUCCACAUCAUUUGGGAUUUUUGUUGAAAUAGGUGUUAAAAAGAUUAAAACUGUUUUAUUUAAUCAUGAUUGAAAUUGCUCCUUACUUCCAUGUUAGAAAACGUCUGUUUUUAUUUUG